AUGCACCACUUCACUCAACUUGGAUUCACUGAUAAUUUGGAGUUAAAAGAAGAAGAGAGUAACAGAAACCGGCUGAACACACUGUUGGUUUGCAGAACUGAGACAAGUAAUCGGGAGACUAUCGUCUGAGUUAUAUGAGUUUUUUUUCAAUACGUUUGGCAAACAAACACUGGGAAAGCAAUAUCGCGAAUAUCAACAUAAUGCGGGAAAAAGUCAGACUAAAAAGUUAACUUGUUCCAUGUCCUGCAACUACUAUCGUACUUAUAAACACUUUUUGAGACGAAAUCAUUCAUGUGUUGUGUUAAUGACUUGUCAGAAAUUAGACUUGGUUUUUAUGUUUUUGAAGUUUUAUGACAAAAAGUACUUUGUCCCUAAGCGUUGUGAAGCAAUACUUGCACAAAGUCUCAUUUUGAAAAUAUGCUUUCUAAUAACAUGUUUUAACCUGGAUGCUGCCCUGCCACAAGUUUUUAAUGAAAGAUCAAAAAAUGAUUCAAAAAAUGAAAUGUUAGAUUUGCUGGUAUAUUCAAAAUGUCCAAUUAAAUGAAAUUCUGGACCACAUGUACAGAACACCAGCCCUUAGACAUUAACCCCCCUUGAUGCUGGCAUGUCAUGUUCUGGCAUUGUACAUUUUGCAUUGCUGUAAACACUGUGUGAAACAAUUCAAAGGUACUUUCGGGAGUAUAGCAUGUGUGUUAAAUUGUCAGCAGCGCAAGAUAUCCAGCUGGAAUAUGUCUUCUACACUUGGGGAAAUGCACAAUGUUUUUGGGUACCAUUUACUCUCUGGGGCCACUUUGUGCUGCAAUAAAGACUGUUGCAAGUGCCUAUUAGUUUGCCCCAGUGGUGGGAAUUUGACUCAAAAUGGAGAUCCAAGGGUGGGGAAAUUGACAUUUGAAAACUGGCAAUGUCAAAUUUUCCCUGGGUUGCCCACCCCCCCAUCCUGGGGCACACCAUCGAUAGGUGCAUGACGAAAAAUGUAGGAAAAAAUCAUGAAUGUAUACGCCAAAUGUACAAAAAAUGGGGUGUUACUAAACAGAGUAACAAAGUAACGGAGUAACGUGAGAAAAACGAAAGUAACGGAUAAAGAUUCAAGAGGUUAAAAAAAUCAAUAAAUAAAUCCUGAUGAAAAAAAAAACAAAAAAAUGGUUGUAGUAACCUAAUAAUGACCUUUACCAAUCUCGAAAAAUAUGUGUAUUCCAAAAAGUGCUUAAAACAAUAAUGUCACCCCCCCCCCCCUCCCUCCAGCAAAGUUGAAGGUAUUUUCGCGCUGAAAAAGUCAUCUGGCUACGGGUGUUAUUUGUCAUUGAAUAAUGCCUAUCCAGAAGAUACAGUAAAAAAACAUUAUGUUUAUCGUUCACCUUAAAAGGUUAUUUCCUACAGCCCAGGAUCAGAAAGAAUAUUUUAAAAGUGCUGAGUUUCGGAACAAUUGCCACAAAUCAUUGAAUAUUUACAUGUACAACUGAACAAAACUGUACACACCUAUUUCAAUUAAGGUUGCUUCAGAGAAGAAUGAUGCAUGAUCCAUGUUUCAUAGCCCGCGGUGCAUUACUGUAGCAAAUCUAGUAAGUUUUGUGCCCGCAACGAGCCUAGAAACCUAGAAAGCAAACGCUGCUGAUGCUUCUAUGCUAUGUCAGCAGAACGUUAAGACAAUGUAUUUCAAGACACCGAAUCUGAUUUGAGGUUAGUAGGUUAGGUUUUUCUCUGUGGUAAUAUUCAAAUGCUGUAAAUUUUUGACGAGUUUCCUUGGCUCGUGCACGUGGGAAUUUUGGAUGGAGUUAAAAAAAAAAUUAAUUCAUGAAGUUAGUAGUAACUAUGAUCCUACUGAAAACCUGUUCAAGAUUUAUGUACUGUUUUAAAUAGUUAGGUAGACUGAUUAGUUACUCUUGGUGACAAAGCAGGGCUCGACACUAACUUUUGACAUAACUUGCCACUGUGGAAAAUAGAUAUGAAAAUUUACUUUCCAUAGUAAAAUUUUACUUUCCAAAAAUGAAAGAAUCAUAUUUUCCACUAUCCAUAGUAGAAACAUAACAAAAUUAAGACUCUGUUCUUCCUUGUAUUGCAGCCAUGGAAACUCCUUAAGCCAUCGUGGCGUCGCUUGCUUCGAAUGCUCCAGCUGUUUGAUUUUCAGUCUGUUCUCCUCCUUUGUUGCUUUCUUGGUCAACUUCAUCAAUCUUUUCGGAGUUUCCUUUGUUAACCUCACCAGCGCGCUUAAAACACUCAUGUUUUAUUUACUAGUCCACAUGUGAAAGGCAAAAUGGCGAGCACGGUCGAUUGCACCAUCUAUUUCGUACCCAGGGUUUCUCGAUCUGUCACUGACGAUUCCAAGAUGGCGGAGAUAGAAAAACGCGAAACUUAGACGUUUAGCAAGGAAGCUCACUUGUAAUAACUAAACACAUUCGUUUUCUUUUCUUUUUUAUUUGGCUGUUUAAAAAAAAUACUUUCCCGCGUUGUCUAGAAGUAGUUGCCCGAUCGGGCAAGCAUUUUCGGUUCAUUUGCUUUUUUUACUUUCCACUCAGAAAUAUUACUUUCCAGUGGUGAACGGGCAAGUGUUAGUGUCGAGCCCUGCAAAGUAAGCCAGUAAAGGAUGCAGUGUCUACAUGCAUCAAUCAAUAUUAUUGAAACCCUUCCCCCCACUCCCCGAACCUCUUGAGCAUAGCAGGGAUUCAAUUCAGCCAGUGCCAGGAUUUAACACAUAUUUAACAAUGUGCUGGCCCUGGAUGCAGUGGAAUUUUGUCUUUGACAGUUGAAGCUGACAGAGUUUUGUGUCAAGUGGAAUUUUGUCUUUGACAGCUGAAGCUGACAAAGUUUUGUGUCAACUUGUGAUGUUUUUAACUGUCUUUUUCCAAUGGAUGUAGAAAAUGAAAUACAGCUGCUAUCAAAAGUCUUCUGUUAUUAAUGGCUUUGUUUAUUGGGUUUUUGGUUGAGAAAUGCGUUGUUAUUAUAAAUUAGUACUUUUCUUUUUUUAGCGUGUUGUAAGCAUUGAAAUAGUAGAGUACAGGGUUCAGAUAGUGGAGAGCAAAUUAAGCUGUUUGCAGGAAACCCUUUAUUAUUUUAAUUUGUUGUCCAUUUUUUGCCCUCAUGUUACUUUUUUUAUUAUUUUGUUUUACAGAUGUUGAAGAUAGAAACAACUUUAAAGAUUAAAAAGAAUCAGGCAAUUAUGUAUUGGAUCAUCGUUGUAAAAGUUAGGAUUGCAUCAUAUGGUACAGCAACAAACAUUAAACUAUUUAUAAGAAAUACUCAACGUUACUCUUGCUUAACAAGAAGAUAA